AUGGACAGCUCUGCCCUGGAGCAAGACGCGCUCAGAUUCGCCAAAACAGCGGUGACCUACGAUCAGAAUGGGAAAUAUAACGAAGCUGUGUUUUACUACAAGGAGGCGGCCCAAGCCCUGCUCUAUGCUGCGAUGGCCGGCUCCAAACUGGACGGGAUCCAAAACAAAGUGAGCGAAUACUUGGAUCGAGUGCAAGCCCUUCACGGAGCAGUCCAGGCACAGACCAGCGACCCCCUGAAGUCCCGGCACCAGGUGGAUCUGGAGCGGGCGCACUUCCUGGUGACGCAGGCGUUCGAGGAGGACGAGAAGAGCAGCCACGACGAGGCCAUCGAGCUGUACACGCAGGCGGUGGAGCUCUGCAUCCAGACCUCGAACGAGACGUCAGACCCAGUUUUACAAAACAAACUGAAGCAGCUGGCACGGCAGGCUCUAGACAGGGCAGAGGGAUUGAAAGAGUCCUUGUCUAAAGCCGUCCCUCAGUCUCGUCCCGUCUCUGGGGGGCCUUCGGGGGGGUCCUCAGGGUCCGGGUCUGGGGGUCCGGUCCGGCAGUUCUUCCCUUUAGGUCCAGACUUCAACCUCCAGGACCGAGCUCAGCCGGUCCGAGCCGUGCAGUCCUCUGAGCCACAGAAGCAGAAGUACACAGCGGAGGAGAUCGAGGUCCUCAGGGCAACCUCCACCAUCAACGGCAUCGCCUACGUGCCCUUCAUGAGCGUGGAUCUGAAGGAGCGCUUCGCCUUCCCCGUCCCCUUCUCGGACAAAGUGGGAAAGCUGGCCCUGUCUCCCAAACAGAAGGCCAUCUUCUCUCGCUGGGUUCGACCGGACGAGUUUUCCAACAACCCGACCAUGAUCCUGUCUGUGUCCAGCCUCAGCAUCAAACAGACGGUGGUCUCUGACUGUUCUUUCGUGGCCUCCCUCGCCAUCAGUGCUGCUUAUGAACGACGCUACAAUAAGAAACUCAUCACCAGCAUCAUUUACCCUCAGAACAGGAAAGGGGAGCCGGAGUAUAACCCCUGUGGGAAGUACAUGGUCAAACUGCACAUCAACGGAGUCUCGCGAAAGGUGAUCAUUGACGACUUCCUGCCUGUGGACCGGAACGGAGAGCUGCUGUGUUCUUACUCCAGUAACAGGAACGAGCUGUGGGUGUCGCUGAUAGAGAAGGCCUACAUGAAGGUCAUGGGCGGAUACGACUUCCCAGGAUCCAACUCGAACAUCGACCUCCACGCGCUCACAGGCUGGAUCCCCGAGCGCAUCGCUAUGCACUCAGACAACCACUCGUUCAGUAAAGACGGAACCUUCCGGAUGUUGCACCAGAGAUUUCACAGAGGAGACGUCCUGGUCACCACGGCGACAGGAGUGAUGACGGAGGAGGAGGGGGAGAAAUGGGGUCUGGUUCCCACUCACGCCUACGCUGUCCUGGACAUACGGGAAUACAAGGGAAUGCGCUUCCUGCAGCUGAAGAACCCAUGGAGCCACUUGAGAUGGAAAGGUCGUUACAGCGAGAGGGACGAGAAGAACUGGACCCCGGAGCUGCUCAAAUACCUGAACUUCGACCCCAAGACGGCGCAGAAGUUUGAUAACGGUGUGUUCUGGAUCACUUGGGAGGACCUGUGUCAGUACUAUGAUGUCAUCUAUCUGAGCUGGAACCCCGCCCUUUUUAAAGAGUCCUUCUGCAUACACAGUAGUUGGGAUGGCAGACAGGGCCCUGUGAAGGACGUGUACAGUCUGGCCAACAACCCUCAGUACAGACUGGAGGUGCAGAGUCCAACAGGGGGCGCUGCUGUGUGGGUGCUCCUCACGCGACACAUCACUGACAAGGACGAUUUUGCACAAAACCGAGAGUUCAUCACGCUUGUUGUUUACAAAAACGAUGGGAAGAAGGUGUAUUAUCCAGCCGACCCUCCUCCGUACAUCGACGGCAUCCGCAUCAACAGCCCGCACUAUCUGACCAAGAUCAAACUGACGGGACCCGGCAGCCACACCUUCACCCUGGUGGUGUCGCAGUACGAGAAGCAGAACACCAUCAACUACACGCUACGGGUUUACUCCGGCUGCAAAUUCAACUUCUCCAAGAUCCCUUGUCCCUUCACACACGUCAAACGGAUAAACGGUCAGUGGAAAGGGGUGAGUGCAGGAGGAUGUGGAAACUACAAAGAGUCUUACAAACAGAACCCCAUGUACCAGCUGAACCUGGAGCGCUCUGGGCCGCUGCUGGUCGAGCUGCGGGGGUCGCGACAGUACAGCGUUGGGUUUGAGAUGGUCACUGUGUCCACAUCCACUGAUCCUGGAGCCGCAGGAUUCACCAAGAAGAACAGUGGAGACUACAGGUGUGGCUUCUGCUACAUGGAGCUGGAGCACGUUCCCGCAGGCAUCUACAACAUCACCCCCACCACCUUCCUCCCCAAACAAGAAGGACCCUUUUUCCUGGACUUCAGCUCCGCGACGCCGCUCCGUGUAUCGCAGCUACAAUGA